ACUCCAAUCAAACCCACGAAACAUCGGCUGUCUCUCUCAGAACUUCAAUACCCCGGGUCCUCCUCAAUCUUAAUACCAAAGGCGAAUAAAAAGUCGUGCGAUCCUUUGUAGCCCCAUCCACACACAUAUAUACACACCUGUCUGCCUUGAAGUUGCCUCCUCCAGGCGUCUCGGCCGUCUACGUCGGGGGUGGCAAAAGGAGGAAGGGGUUAUGGUCAAUAAACGCGACCACGUCACACGCAGCCUAUCGGGCCGACCCCGCUUGGCCCCUUAAAGUGGCUCUGCCGAACGAAAAUCUUACAUGUCCGCCGAUAUCGCCUUGGUGCGUCUCUAAGGUAUCCUCAAUUAUUUAUCGUUUCACCCGCGAGGAUUGUAUUGUGCCAAUGUGCUAGAUUACUCGACGAUUCAUGGAGUACCUCUGUAACGAAGGACACGAGAAUACUGCAGUCUUAUCGGCAUCAUCAACGGCCAACUGAAGACCACAGGCUAUUGGGACUCAUCUUUACCAUGAUUGGCCACCAUUCUCCCGAAAAAACGUCUCUGCACUACUGAGUACCCCUUGCACUUGCCCCGACAAUGGACCGCUCCCUCCGCACCAGAUGAAUCCCCCGUUCAGCCGCCAAGAAUGAUCUAAUGUCCGAGACAAGUGAAGAACGCGCAAUCAGACUGUACAACACCGCUGCGGAAAGAAUGAAGAAUGUCCGAGCAAAGGAAACAGAGGAUCAGGCGGCCCUGCGAAGAAUGCAGGAGGCCCAGCGAAUGGCGAGACACCGAGCAAAGAAGAAAAGAUGUUUAGACGAGAACCUGGCCCGCGAGAUAUCGAAAAUAGCUGAAUUAUCGAAGAUGCCGGCGCCCGACGCAGCGACAAUAGCCCAAAUGUCCGAGAUGAACAUGAAUAAAAUUUCCGCCGAACUCAAGCAGAUGAUGGAGCGCGGAAAAGUGCCGGAGCACAUUGUGCAAAUGGCCCAACUAGCUGAAUUCAGUAAAAUGAGUGAAUUGAACAGAAUAACCCAGGACAUGGCGAAGCGUUACGAGAAGGAGAAAAUAGCCGAGUACGCAAAAACAACGGAAUACAUGAAGAUGCAGGAGAUGCAGAUGACAGAGCUGGCCAAGAUGAAUGAAAUGGUGAAAUUCUCGGAAAUUUCAAAGUACACAGACAUCAACAAGAUGAACGAAAUAGCAAAGAUGAACGAAAUAAUGAAAAUGUCGCAGAUGGCGAAGAUCAAUGAGGUCCAGCGUAUGAAUGAAAUAGCGAAGCUCAAUGAAAUGGUGAAGAUGUCAGAGUUGGCGAAGUACAACAGUGACAUGACGAAAUUCACUGAAAUAGCACAAAUCAAUGAGAUGGCUAAGGAAAUAGCCAAACUCAACGAGAAAACUAAAAUGAACGAGAUGAUUAAAAUGGUGAAUAUGCAGAAUGACAUGUCCAAGAUGAACGAGUACUCGAAGAUGGGGGAUAUCGCCAAGUUGACGGAAUUGUCGAAGCUCAAUGAGAUAACAAUAACGAAACUUAAUGAUCCACCACCGCCACCACCACCACCACCACCGCCAGCCUUACAAGCAACAAAAGUUCAGGAAAUUCCUAGGAUUCCAGAGCCAAUAAUCACAGUGCCAAAUCCACGGAAUCUCCAGAAUGUUCAGACUGUUCAGACUGCCCAGGCAAGUCCCUCGAAUACUAUAAACUUUCCCUCUGUUCCUGGCCAGGGAAAGUACGCUCAGUUACUUGUUAUAAUUGAGGAAUUGGGUCGUGACAUUCGUCUGUCGUAUGCUGGCAGUCGCAGCGCUGCUGAGCGUCUUAAAAUGGGCAUUCAACAUGCGAGGAUUCUUGUCAGAGAGUGUCUCCUAGAGACUGAGCACAAUGCACGACAAUGAUUCGUCGGUGUCGGCCAGCGUAGAUUCGUCAGUUAUAGUAAGUUAUUUUUCACAUUCGUCGGGAGUCAGGGGUCUCGUAGGUGCGCUUUUGGAAAGAUACAAAUUAUUCUAGUUAUUAUGAAAUAGUUAUACAUUUCAUUCUUUUUGUUGUUUCGGGGUCUGGUGACCCUUGUGUGGAGGAAAUUCGUCGAUUAAUGCCGAUUAUUAAGUAUUGUUUCAUUUUUCUCUGGCUACACUUCUUCGUGGAACGUCUGGGGGCAGUUGUCAAUUGCGCUUGGACGAUCUUUUUUAUGUCUGUGUACAGAGAAAAAUAAUGCUGUCAUUUCCGAACAUUAUGCACAUGUUGUUGCCGAGUGGAGGUGAAAUUGGAUUAAUUAACUCUUCGUUGAAUAACGUUGUUGAAUAUAUCGAGAGCUUGGGAAUUUCGUUGGGCGAAAGUGAAGUAUAAAUGGAUGAGGGUUUUCUUGGGGAGAACGAAAUGUCUAAGCGAGUAUUUAGAUAAUUUUACAUUUUUCUUAUGCCACACGUAUGAAGAAAUUCGAUAGGAAAGUUAGAGGUUUCAAUAACCAAAUCUAUGGAAUUUCGGGUGGAUCUCGAUAAGAGUGUUGAUGAAAUUCUACUCUUCUUCUGUUGAGUUUUAUCGAAAAUUUUGAAAUCCUUCCGUGAAAUAUUUCUAUAAUUUUUGAAAUUUAAUCUCGUGGAAUUUUUUUCCCACAAACAUUUCAUUAAUUCCUAAUGGCAAUUUAUAAUUCCUAAUUUCCUGUUUUUUCCGUUGUAUUUAGUUUUGUUUCUCUCAACAAAAUCCCAGAAAAUAAAAUCCCAACAUCUGUGAAUUUUUUUUCUCACAAAUAUUUCUUUGAAAAAAUCUCCAAAAUUAUAUAAUUUUGAAUAGAAAUCAAUUUAUAUCAGUGAGAAUCUUUGAUAGAAUUCUACUAGACCUGAAUUAAAAUUUCCACAGAAUAUCAAUAGUGGUUCAAUAAAAUUCUUAAAAACCCUGCCCUGGGUUCCCUAUUAAAUUUCUUCAUACGUGUAUCACUGAUGAACUACUAGUAUUCUACUAUCACAUUUUAUUCUCAUCAUCUUUACGAUAAUUACCUGUAUCCUUUACCAUACAUCUUACUUCAUUUAUAUACUUCGAGGUAUAUACCACUACUUUGUGAUCUUAUUUUCUCGAUCGCCUACAUCAACGAAUCUACACGAUUCAUCUGCAUUAAUUAUGUUCGUACUAUGCGGGUGGUUGUACUAUCCAUGAUUUAUAAUUGGUCAACUGGAAUCCUAAAUAUAAGCCUUUCUUAUAGAAUAAUGCUGAAUAAAGUACCGAUUUUUUA